AUGAAUCCUCCAAGCUGGAAACUUCCUUUCGAGACUUUCGAGCAGAUUUUGAUUGAGACUAUCCCCAAAGGCGACCCUUCAGUGACAAAGCCAGAGUUGACUAGUGCAUAUGGCUCAUAUAUACGCCAUGCAACAGACGUACAGUUGUUGCUUGAAGAUCCAGCAAGUGAUCUUCGAAACUCGUGGACAAAGGCCCUCAAGCUUCUUGGUGGAACUUUACGGGAUGUUUGUCUGCUCAGCCUCCGGUGCGAUGAGUUGUGCCAGGUGGACUAUAGCACCUACCUUGGGAAGGUAGAUCAAGGAACAUUUCACCAGCUUGGCCCUCAUCACCACAAAGACAGGAGUGUCGAGUAUGGAUGUCGGUAUGCUUCUGCCAUUGCAGGUGAUCAGCUCUUUUCAACGGUCAUAUCGUGCUUAUCUGCUUCCGGUAUUGCCAUACCGCAGAUCUCGAUCAAGCAUGCAAUGACAGGAGCCGUUAACUGCAUCCAAGUGCCUGGGUGGGAUCUUCUAAACCUCACAUCACUCGAAAAGCUUGAGUUUGGUCCGGAUAUCCCGCACGAUGAAAAUCAUUGGGCCAGCAAGACUGUCCUGAAGGUUCUGCCAUGUCCAGAAGCGGAAGAAAUCGAGUCAAAUGCUUCCAAGAUUGUCCAUGAGUUGGUCAACAAGUCACAAUUAACUUUAAAGAGCCUUGUUCUCGACGGGACUGGCGUCCUAGACUGGCCUACUCGACCGCCACCCGCCUCCUUACCGGCUCUUGAGAGUCUUCGCCAUUCCUUUGACGCCAUUAACGCCAUUCUCAUGAGCUCAUGGCUGAGAAACAUGCCAAACCUGAAAUAUCUAAAGCUCGGCGGUAUACGACUAUCCAGAGGACUUCCAUUUGUCGAAUGGCGCCAUAUCUUCGAUGCUGUUCGAGACCACCCAAGUAUCAUAGGUUCACGCCCAAAAGGUCUCUCUGUUGAGUUUGAAUCUAUAAAGUCAGCUGAUUGGACCAGGAUGACAUAUAGAGGAGUGAUUUGCCAGGAUAGCAGUAUUGCCACGGAGAGACACACUCAUUGCAUAGAUCCUGAGGGCCUGAUAGAUGAGAACUACUCCUUGGAGAAGCAUUUCUAUAACGAAAUGCGAUUCAAGGAUAAUCAUGGAUUACGGUACUUGAUGGACGAUUGGGAUGUGGGGAUGAUAGAGACCGAUUCAGAGGAUGACAAUGAAGGAAGUGAGAGUGCAGAUACGGAUGAGGAGAGUGAAUGA